UGCAAAAUUUACCAUGUCACACAAGGCGUAAUUCCAAAACCCACUCCAAUGCCGUGCAUGACUCAUGGCAAUCAUCACCCUAUUCACGGUCCCCUUUAUGGCAGUCAGAUAAUAUAUCCACCAUCCUCAAGAGUGAUGCAUCGUUGUUGCGCCGACCCCAAAUCAUCAUUACAAAGUAUCUAAACAAAAUUUGAAGGAAAUAAAAUUCAAUUAAAGAUCGAGGGAGAACCCGCUCACUUUUGAAAUCAAAGGCUUUGAGGGAGGGAGAUGGAGGUGGGGCGGCGUGGCAUGGAUGCAGCAAAAAAUCUGAGAGUGUGUGUACAUGGAGGCGGCUAUAACGCUACGAUUUGGUGACGGCGUCACAAUUGAAUGGAUUGUGGAAAGGGAUGAGCGAAUCUUUGACAUCGGCAAAAUGGGGUUGAACGCUACAGCUGAGCAGCGAGUCUUUGAAGCUACUUCGACGAAAGUCAACACUCCCAAGAUGGCGGAGGGAGCAGCAGACCACCGCACAGAGCCACUUCUCCGGCGGCAGUGGUGGGGGAGUAGCCGCCUUUCCACCCUCCCGUUGACUAACUCACUCCGCCUGAAAACCUCUAUACUCGCCGAGAUCGGAGGAUCUGUCGGCGACCUCGGCACCUACAUCCCAAUAGUCCUGGCGCUCACUCUGGUCUGCAAUCUCGACCUCAGCACAACCCUGAUCUUCACCGCCGCCUACAACAUCGCCACCGGCCUGAUCUUCGGCGUCCCCAUGCCCGUCCAGCCCAUGAAGUCCAUAGCCGCUGUGGCCGUCUCCGAAUGGCCUCACCUUACUCUCGCCCAGAUCGCCGCCGCAGGCCUGUCCACCGCCGCCGUCCUUCUCGUCCUCGGCGCCACCGGCCUCAUGUCUUUCAUCUACCGAUUCAUCCCCCUCCCGGUUGUCCGCGGCGUGCAGCUCUCCCAAGGCCUCUCCUUCGCCUUCUCCGCCAUCAAAUACAUCCGGUACAACCAAAACUUCACCACCACCUCCGCCAGCACCGCCGCCCCCAGAUCCUGGCUCGGCCUCGACGGCCUCAUCCUCGCCCUAGUCUGCCUCUCAUUCAUCGUUCUAACCACCGGCGCCGGCGAAUCGGUCGACGAAUCUGAAAAUUCCGGCCACAGAACCGCCGAAGAUCAGCGCAGAUUAAACCGCCGACUGAAAAAUCUCUCCAGAAUUCCGUCCGCUCUAAUCGUGUUCAUACUCGGAUUAAUCCUCUGCUUCAUCCGAGAUCCAUCAAUCAUACACCAAAUCAAGCUAGGUCCAUCAAAAUUCAGACUCCUCAAAAUCACCCGCGAAGAUUGGAAAACCGGAUUCCUCCGGGGAGCGAUUCCACAGAUUCCAUUAUCAAUUCUAAACUCGGUGAUCGCAGUCUGCAAGCUAUCAUCAGAUCUGUUCCCGGAAACCUCCGCAGCAUCGGCGGCGAGAGUCUCGAUCAGCGUGGGGCUGAUGAACAUGGUGGGGUGCUGGUUCGGGGCGAUGCCGUGCUGUCACGGCGCGGGAGGGUUAGCCGGACAGUACAGAUUCGGGGCCCGGAGCGGUGCGUCGGUGGUGUUUCUCGGGGCGGCGAAGCUGGCGGUGGGAUUGCUGGUCGGGAAUUCGUUGGUUAGGGUUCUGAGCGAGUUCCCAAUUGGGAUUCUUGGGGUUCUUCUGCUGUUUGCAGGGGUAGAAUUGGCAAUGGCUUCCAGGGACAUGAACAGUAAGGAAGAGUCAUUUGUGAUGCUGCUCUGUGCUGCCAUUUCUCUCACAGGGUCCAGUGCUGCAUUGGGCUUUGUUUGUGGGCUUUUGCUGUUUUUAGUGAUGAAAAUUAGGUACUUGGGCUGCUCUGGUUCCGGCCACGCCCGGCCUCAUUGGGCCUGGCGUCAAGCCGCGUCUUCGGCCCAACAAGAAUGAAUCGGAUUCGUCCAAGAAUAGAGCUCGGGAAAUCCCACAUUGCACACCACUCUCUACAACAUAAGGGGUCCUCCUGGCAUGUUUGAUUCCCCAAUGUAUAAUACUACUACACGAUCUUAUUCGAAGUAUAUUUGAAAUGGCCCGGUUUCAUGUGACAUUCACUUUCAAUCGCAUGACUCGGGAUUCUAACGAUAU